GGAAGCAUUUUAGGUAAGAUCUAAGGGCAAAGAUCUUCAGAGAGGGCAUCGUUUUAGUGUGAGUCAGUCAGAAAGAUCUAAUUCGAGGUUAUUUAACGAAGUCAUUUGGGUUGAUUGUACAGCGAGUUGAAGAAACUUCACCUUCUUGAACUGGGUCUGAACAAUGGAGACUGCGCUAGCAAAAACACUACAGAAAAGGCAAGUUGUCUUUCUUGUUAUAUUGUUGUUUCUGUGGGAGGCUGGCUCUGAAGCAAUUAGGUAUUCCAUGCCAGAAGAAACAGAAAGUGGCUCCUUUGUGGCCAACCUGGCAAAUGACCUGGGGCUCAGGGUGGGGGAACUGGCCACUCGGGGCGCGCGAAUCCAUUACAAAGGAAACAAACCGCUCUUGCAGCUCGAUAUAAAGACUGGGAAUUUGCUUCUACAUGAAAAAUUAGACCGGGAGGCGCUGUGUGGGGUGACAAAUCCCUGUAUACUGCAAUUCCAACUAUUACUGGAAAAGCCGGUGCAGUUUUUUCAAGCUGAUCUGCAGCUCACGGAUAUAAAUGACCAUUCGCCAGAGUUCCUAGACAGGGAAAUGCUCCUAAAAAUCCCAGAGAGCGUCCAGCCAGGGACUGUGUUUCCUUUGAAAAUAGCUCAGGACUUUGACAUAGGUAGCAACUCUGUGCAGAACUACACAGUCAGCCCCAACUCCCAUUUUCAUGUGGUCACUCACAAUCUCGGAGAUGGCAGAAAAUACCCAGAGCUGGUGCUAGACAGAGCGCUGGAUCGGGAGGAGCAGCCCGAGCUCAGUUUAACCCUCACGGCGCUAGAUGGUGGAGCUCCGCCAAGGUCUGGGACCACUACCAUCCGCAUUGAAGUCGUGGACAUCAAUGAUAACGCUCCUGAGUUUUUACAGGCUCUCUAUGAAACACAGGUCCCGGAGAACAGCCCCCUAAACUCCUUAGUUGUCACUGUUUCCGCCCGAGAUUUAGAUGCAGGAAUGUAUGGGAAUGUAGUUUACGCUCUAGUCCAAGGCGAUGACGUUACUCAACCAUUUGUAAUAGACAAAAUAACAGGAGAAAUUCGUCUCAAAAAGCCAUUGGAUUUCGAAACAACUCAGUAUUUUAACGUGCAAGUUGCAGCCACAGAUGGUGGGGGACUUUCAGGAAAAUGCUCUGUAGCUAUACAGGUGGUGGACGUGAAUGACAACGCCCCGGAACUGACCAUGUCGAAACUCGCCAGCUCUACCCCAGAAAACUCCCCAGAGACUGUAGUUGCUGUUUUCAGUGUUUCUGAUCCAGACUCUGGGGACAACGGCAGGAUGGUUUGCUCCAUCCAGAAUGAUCUCCCUUUUAUCUUAAAACCCACAUUCAAGAAUUUUUACACCCUAGUGACAGAGAGGCCCCUGGACAGGGAGAGCAGGGCAGAGUACAACGUCACCAUCACCGUCACCGACAUGGGGACCCCCAGGCUGAAAACCCAGCACAACAUCACCGUGCAGGUGUCCGACGUCAACGACAACGCCCCCGCCUUCACCCAGACCGCCUACACCCUCUUCGUCCGCGAGAACAACAGCCCCGCCCUGCACAUAGGCAGCGUCAGCGCCUCCGACAGAGACGCGGGCGCCAACGCCCAGGUCGCCUACUCGCUGCUGCCGCCCCGCGACCCCAGCCUGCCCCUGGCCUCGCUCGUGUCCAUCAACGCGGACAACGGGCAGCUGUUCGCCCUGAGGGCGCUGGACUACGAGGCCCUGCAGGCGUUCGAGUUCGGCGUGGGCGCCACGGACCGCGGGUCGCCGGCGCUGAGCAGCCAGGCGCUGGUGCGCGUGCAGGUGCUGGACGCCAACGACAACGCGCCCUUCGUGCUGUACCCGCUGCAGAACGGCUCCGCGCCCUGCACCGAGCUGGUGCCCCGCGCGGCCGAGCCGGGCUACGUGGUGAGCAAGGUGGUGGCGGUGGACGGCGACUCGGGCCAGAACGCCUGGCUGUCGUACCAGCUGCUCAAGGCCACGGAGCCCGGGCUGUUCGGCGUGUGGGCGCACAACGGCGAGGUGCGCACGGCGCGGCCGCUGGGCGAGCGCGACGCGGCCCGGCACCGGCUGCUCGUGCUGGUCAAGGACAACGGCGAGCCGCCGCUGUCGGCCAGCGUCACGCUGCACGUGCUGCUGGUGGACGGCUUCUCGCAGCCCUUCCUGCCGCUGCCCGAGGCGGCGGCCGCCGCGGCGCAGGCCGACCCGCUCACCGUCUACCUGGUCGUGGCGCUGGCGUCGGUGUCGUCGCUCUUCCUGUUCUCGGUGCUGGCGUUCGUGGCGGUGCGGCUGUGCAGGAGGAGCAGGGCCGGCUUGGCGGGUGGCUGCUCGGUUCCCGAGGGCCAUUUUCCGGGCCACCUGGUGGACGUCACCGGGACCGGGACAUUGUCCCAGAGCUACCAGUAUGAGAUAUGUCUGACUGGAGGCUCCGGAUCAAAUGAGUUCAAAUUCUUGAAGCCAAUUAUCCCCAGCCUCCCACCCCCAAACACUGGAGAAGGAAUAGAGGAAAACUCCAUAUUCCGGCAUAACUUCGAAUUUAAUUAGGAAUUUCAUCAUGAUACAAUGUCUUUUGUAACAUCUCCAGUUUCCCCAGAUACAGAGUUUGAGAGCUUCAUGGACAAAAAUCGCAUCUUCAAGUAGAGCCUGAAUUUCCCUUUUGUAAACUAUUUGUCCAUUGCGCUUUAUCUUGUCCAGGUUUGGGAAACUCAGUUCUAGGUGAUUGUAUUAUUUGCAUAAUGCCAUUUCAAAUCCCUGCAUGAUGGUGAUUUUCCUGUAAUG